AUUUAGUUGAGUUCCCAAAAGUUUACGAUCAAGUCCUCGUAGAACAAUCUGAGAUUGCGAAGUCCAAAGCAACGGACGAACUUCUAAAUUGGAGUGACAUUCAAAAGAUGAAGUACUCAUGGAAUGUGGUUUGUGAAGUAAUGCGACUUGAAACACCUGCGCCAGGAGGUUUUAAACAAGCCAUGGCAGAUUUCACGUACGCAGGGUAUCACAUACCAAAAGGAUGCAAGCUAUAUUGGAGCUCAAUGGCAACACAUAAAAAUCCUGAUAACUUCCCGGAUCCAGAGAAAUUUUAUCCUUCGAGGUUUGAAGGGGGCGGUCCGGCUCCAUUCACAUAUGUUCCAUUUGCAAGAGGACCUGGUACAUGCCCUGGCAAAGAGUAUGCUCGAGUUCAAAUGCUUGUCUUCGUUCACAAUCUUGUAAGGAGGUACAAGUUGGAGAAAUCGUUCCCUUUGAAUCCUGAGGACGAAGAGAAGUUGAUAUUUAAACCAUUUCCAACACUUACCGGAGGGCUCCCUAUUCGUAUUCGAGCUCACUAGGAAGAAAGAGCUCCACACUCUCUAUAGCC